CAUAAAAGGGGAAAGCCGAAAGUCAAAAACCGGAGCUUUCUGACCUCAUCUUUAAUCUUGAGCGUGUACGAAAUUAUAUUUUCAAUGAUGUCGAUGAGCUGACCUCACCAAUCAUAUUACUUUACAUGUUGAGUGUAGCCAAUGAGGAGCGGGACAGCAUAGCGGGUGGCGUGGGAGUUUUGUUAAACUGGGUUCGGGAGCUAGCUGCUAGCUAACCUGCAAGUCCUGCCAAAGUUGAUGCAAGACAAGAAUGAUGAUCUUCCCAGCUAUCGACCACAACUGAACUUGGAAUAAGUAGCAGGACAUUUAUCUCUCCUGACGCUGUGAUAUGAUCGUCCAGAUAUUUUGACUACCUUUCUUCGUCAGGCCUCAGAUGAUGGACUCAUCCCAGAUGAGAGAGGACAUCAGCGGUGCAGAGGGUACAGGGGUCUUUACCGACCCCGUGGCUCCCUCCCCCCUCCCCCUCGCCUCCCCCCUCCCCCUCGCCUCCCCCCACCUGGCCCUCUCGGAGCGCGAGUUGUCGUGCCACUGUUGCUAUGACAUCCUGGUGAACCCCACCACGCUGACGUGUGGGCACAGCUUCUGCCGCCACUGCCUGGCGUUGUGGUGGGAUUCCUCCCACAAGACAGAGUGCCCCGAGUGCAGAGAGAAGUGGGAGGGCUUCCCCAAAAUCAACAUCCUGUUGAGGGAUGCGGCUGACAAGCUGUUCUCAGAGGUAGUGGAGAGGAGACGAGCAGAGAUACAGAACAACCCCAAGAUCUCUCAGAGCCUCGUGGCCUUCCAGAGGUAUGGAGAGGAGCAGGCCUCCAGAAGCGUCCCCAGGAGCAGCCAGCCCAGAGGAGCCGGGGGGUUCUUCUCUGGAGUCCUCACUGCACUCUCAUGUGUGGCUGUGCUGUUGCUGGGCUACCACUGGAGCAUUGGGGAGGGGGAGGGGGAGGAGCUGGUUGCUAAGGCCAUCUCCAGGUGGAGCCCAGUGGAGGUGCAGGAGUGGAUGCAGCACCUGGGGCCCUGGGCCCAGCUCUACACACACCGCUUCCUGGAGGCUGAUGUCAACGGGAGGUUGUUGCUGAUGCUGGGUGACGAGGAGCUGGCCCUGCCCCCCUACAGCAUAGAGAACCAGGCCCACAGGCGGGCCAUGCUGGCGGAGCUGGAGAGGGUCAGGGCCCUGGGGGGGAAACCUCCACAGAACCUCUGGGAGUACAAGGCAGUGAAUGCAGGUAAAUCUUUGUUCCUGCUGUACGCUCUGAAGAGUUCUCCCCGCCUCACCCUCCUCUACCUCUACCUGUUUGACUACCUGGACUCCUUCCUGCCCUUCCUGCACACCUGCUGCCCCACCCUCUCACACACCAGCCAGCCAAUGGACGACAGCCUCAACAAACAGUCACAACCUAGCUGGAGCCAGUGGGCGGAGUUUCUGGUGAAGUACUUCCUGCUUCCGUACCAGCUGAUUGCUGAGUUUGCGUGGGAUUGGUUGUCGGUGCACUACUGGACGUCCCGCUUCAUCAUCGUGAACGCCAUGCUGCUGUCUGUCCUGGAGGGAUGCUCCCUGUACCGUCUGUGGACCCGUGCACUGAUCAGAGGCCUUCCCAGGCGCAUGUGGGCUCACCUGUGGAGGACGCUGUCCCAGGGCCUGGCCUUCGCCCUGCUGUGGCCCGCCACACCGCGCUUCAUCUGCAACUGCAUGUUCUACUGGGGCCUCUACUUCAACGUCAUCAUCAACAUAGACCUGGUGGUUCAGCAGCUACUGCACCCGGACACACACGCCAUCUGACACACACACACACACAGGUUGUCUGAGACACACACAUACACACACGCCAUCUGACACACACACACACAGAUCAUCUAGUGCAGCCUGGCCCAGGCCAGGACUGAAGCUCCAGUCAGCAUGACGAUGACGGAGUUGGCAGCAACGACAGCUAGACGCUCUACAGAACGCUCUACAGGACGCUCUACAGGACGCUCUACAGGACGCUCUACAGGACGCUCUACAGGACGCUCUACAGGACGCUCUACAGGACGCUCUACAGGACGCUCUACAGGACGCUCUACAGGACGCUCUACAGGACGCUCUACAGGACGCUCUACAGGGUCUGAUGUCAGAACUGUCCAGACUCUCUGGAGAGAAGUACGUCUGUGAGGUCAGACUGAGACCUCUGUUGUCUUCAAACAGGCUGUGAGGAGCGAGGAUCAUCUGUAGAGCUACUCUCUUUCUACCUCUCUGUCUGUCACACACUCUCUCUUUCACAUUUACUCUAUCUCUCUCUACCUCACUCGCACUCUCUCCCAAUCUCUCUUUCUGUCACUCUACCUCUCUCCCAAUCUUUUAUUGAUGAGGCGAAUGUGUGAAUAAGGAGGCGACGGGGCAGGGUGUGUCGCAGGCGGCAGAGUUAAGGACAAAUGUCUUUUCUGCAACCAACCAGGAGCAGUGGCGUCUGUUUCACUUCCUGUUGACUUCCUGUUGUGCCAAGCAAAGCCUUUCUAUUGGCUCAAACUUCUUCUUCUCGUCCUCACAUCUGUCUUCUUCUGUCCUUCUAGUCCUCAUAUUUCAGUCUUUUUUUUUAACCGUUCCACGAGCUUCUCCCAGUGCAUCUUAAAGGGUGUUUUUCUCUUAAAUAAAAGGCCAGGUAAAGAGGAAUGCUCUGGAAGGAAGAUCUGGAUCCUUAAGUUUUCAGUUUAAGGUAAAUAAUUUGUCUUGCUUGUCCAUUUGUUUACCAUGGAAGGGACGCUGGUGCACUUGGCCCAGGUGAAUCUCUGCCCACCUGGGUUAGGACUGCUUCUCUGUACAACAUGGUAUAUAGGGCUAGUGUGCUUGUUUGUAACUAAUCUUACUGGCCAACCUCUGUUUUUAAUCGUUAAAGAAAAAACUUCUGUCAGUGUGCAAUAUACUGGUCAAAUUUUUGGGUUGUAGUUGUUUGUUAAUAUGAUUAAUAUUUGAUUAAAUUAAAUCUUUAUUUUUUACAUUAUGAUUAAAUGUUGCACUUGAAAGGAAUUCUAGAACUUUCU